AUGUUUGCUGUCAGACGAGGUUUGAGGAUGCUAAACUGUGAGAUCAUAUCAGAGCCUGUGGCCAUUUUGAACAAAUUUCCUCAAUACUACAAAAAACUUAUUGAUUUGUUUUUCAACACAGAAAACGGCUCACUUUAUCAUGCAGCAACAACACCCAACAUUAUAAAAUAUGCGAAAAUAUAUAUGGAUAAACUAACUUUCGAAACGAAAAAUCAUUUAUUUGAUUACUUCCUCGAAUGUUGCCGUCACUGUCUCUCCAACGAUACAGCAUUUUACCUUUCAUUAGAAGUUUAUGAUAUUAAUCUUUACUCAGGUUUGAUUGAACAAAUGAUUAAAGAUAAUGUUGACAUUUUUUACAAGUUGUCACUUCCUGACAUCGUUACUCUUAUUAAAUGCGACUUAUGCACCAGUGUGAUACUAAAUAAUAUGCAACAUAUCUAUACAUUAAAAGAAAAAGAACCAGAAUACGCCGCUCAGACAUUUCUUUCGCUUUUAAUAUCAUACCCAACAAAUCAGAUAGUUAUACAGACCCUUAAACAAGCGUGUAGCAGUAAUUCUCUUCUUUUGAAUUAUCUACCGACAAAUAUUGCACUUUUAUCAGUAAAUGAAAAGGAAUUCACGAAUUUACUUACUAAUCAUUCUAAAAUUUCCAAUACGCCUCUCAAAACUCAGUUUGCUUCUGAAGAUAGUAUUAUCAAACUUUGUAAAUCUCCAAUUAAUGUUAUUCUUCAUGAUGACGUUAUUGUUGAGCAAGUACAGCAGAGUCCUGUUCGAUUUAGUCCAUUUAGUCCUGCAAAAAUUACAAAUAUUUUGGAUCAGGCCAAUGAGAUACACCAUGUCAUAGAAAGUCAGUCACCAUUUAACCAGAUAUCUAAAAUAAUCUCUGCUGCUUCACGCAAAGUUAAGAUUGAAGCAAAAGAAUUACCAGAUAACCACAAAUUUUCAAGUAGACUUAGAACGCAGAGCUCGAUAGUUAUGACACCUAAAGUACUACAUGCAUAUGGUGUUAAAAAAGGUGGUAUUGGCCACUCAUCUUGGCAGAAAAGAUAUUUCGGAUUUUAUCAAUCUGCCAAAUGCGUUUUUUGGAGAGAGAUGAAGACAUCAAAGCAUAUUAGAGGUGUUAUUGUUCUAUCAAACAAUGCAAAGAUCAUUCCAAACAUCAGCCACAAAGGAUUUUCCUAUCAUUUGCUGAUAGAACUCGGGGAAGGAAUUAAAACUUAUGAUAUUGCGUUUGAGGAUGAAAAUGUUUGUAAUCAAUGGUGCCAAGCUUUGCAAUCUGUUGUCACAGAGUUGUAA